CUUGCUGGAUUUGCAGUCAGAUGCCUUACGCUGGCAGGCUGUGGGCAGGCAAAGAGUGUUUUCCCCUGUAAGUUGGGUACAAAAAGAUCGGCAUGGGAGCGGCUUCCUCUGAGACAGCUGCUUUGAGAGAAUGCAGAAGCAAGGAGCAGCCAGAAAUUCCUCCUGGCACAAAGUGCCCCGGGGGAGGAGUCCACUUCGCUAAAUAUUGUCAUUUGCUGAAAGAAGGUGUGUGCUCAAGGAGUUUUUAACCUGGAAGAUCAUUAACUCUUUCAUCCAGCGGUCCGGAGGCGUCUCUGGAGUGGGUCCUGAAAGCGGCUGCACACAAGGGUCAGGGAGCAGGAGUGGAGCGUGUUUCCAUGGGUGACCACCUUGAGAAGAGCCAGCAUGCUUUACUCAAUGAAGGGGACGAGAAUGAGAUGGAAAUAUUUGGCUAUCGGACUCAAGGCUGUCGGAAGGCUCUUUGUCUCAUUGGAUCCAUCUUCUCUCUUGGAAUGCUCCCAUUGGUAUUUUAUUGGAGACCAGCUUGGCGUGUAUGGGCAAACUGUGUCCCAUGUUCCCUGCAAGAAGCAGAUGUUGUGUUGCUGAAGACAACAGAUGAAUUCAAAAUUUAUUCUUGGAAAAAAGUAAUAUGGAUCUCCCUGUCAGCACUGAGCAGCACAUCUGGUCUCACGCCUGACCACCCUCUCAUUACAGACGAGGGAUACAUCAUAAACAGAGCCAUCCGAAAGCCAGAUCUAAAGGCUGCUCUACAACCCAUCCUCUGUGAGACAAGGAUGCCCAUGCCUCAUUCCUGCAUCUGGUCUGCUCAGCUUUAUCAUAGUUUAGUUUCCCAGCCUUGCCCUUCACUCUGCAGUCAAACAGGUGAGAUACAUAAAAGUGCAGAAAAUACGAUAUGUUUGGAAUAAUUUGGAAGGACAGUUUCAGAAAAUUGGCUCCCUGGAAGACUGGCUCAGUUCUGCAAAGAUACAUCAGAAAUUUGGAUUAGGUCUGACUUCAGAGGAACAAGAGAUCAGGAGGUUAAUAUGUGGGCCUAAUGCUAUUGAUGUUGAAAUCACACCUAUUUGGAAACUGCUCAUCAAGGAGGUUCUGAAUCCAUUUUACAUCUUUCAACUCUUCAGCGUCUGUUUGUGGUUCAGUGAAGAUUACAAGGAAUAUGCUCUUGCCAUCAUCCUCAUGUCUGUCAUUUCCAUAGCUUUGACCGUGUAUGACCUCAGACAGCAAUCUGUAAAACUGCACCAUCUUGUUGAAUCCCAUAAUAGCAUUACAGUCUCUGUGUAUGAGCGAAAAGCUGGAGCCCAAGACCUGGAAUCCCGCCUCCUGGUGCCUGGAGAUUUAUUAAUUCUGACAGGGAGCAGAGUGCAAAUGCCGUGUGACGCCAUUCUGAUUGACGGCAGCUGUGUGGUAGAUGAAGGCAUGCUGACAGGAGAAAGCAUUCCUGUCACUAAAACUCCACUAUCCCAGACAGCUAGUUCUGUGCCCUGGAAGAUGCAGUCUGAAGCAGAUCCCAGGCGGCAUGUUCUCUUCUGUGGUACGGAGGUGAUCCAGGCCAAGGCAGCUGGCUCUGGGGCUGUAAGAGCCGUGGUCCUGCAGACAGGAUUCAACACUGCAAAGGGGGACCUCGUGAGAUCCAUCCUGUACCCGAAGCCCAUGAACUUCAAGCUCUACAGGGAUGCCAUCAGGUUUCUCCUUUGCCUUGUAGGGACAGCCACCAUUGGCAUGGUCUAUACUCUGUGUGUCUAUGUGCUCAGUGGGGAACCUCCGGAGGAGGUGGUAAGGAAAGCCCUGGAUGUUAUUACCAUUGCAGUGCCUCCCGCUCUCCCUGCUGCCCUGACCACAGGCAUCAUCUAUGCCCAGAGGAGGCUGAAAAAGAAGGGCAUAUUCUGCAUUAGCCCCCAGAGGAUCAAUGUUUGUGGACAGUUAAACCUUGUCUGCUUCGACAAGACAGGCACCUUAACGAGGGGAGGCUUGGAUCCUUGGGGAGUUGUACCCUGUGACCAGAAUGGAUUUCAGGCAGUCCACAGUUUUGCCUCAGGCAAAGCUUUGCCUCAGGGUCCACUGUGUGCAGCCAUGGCCAGCUGCCACUCUCUGAUUCUCCUUGAUGGCACUAUUCAGGGAGACCCUCUGGACCUGAAGAUGUUUGAAGCCACCAAAUGGGAAAUGACUGCUUCUGGGGAUGACUUCCAUAUCAAGGAAAUGCUGGCACACACCAUAGUAGUGAAGCCUACAGACAUGGUGGCCCAGGUCCCAGCGGAAGGACUCGCAAUCGUCCAUCAGUUCCCAUUCUCAUCAGCACUACAGAGGAUGACGGUCAUCGUCCAGGAGAUGGGAGGUGGCCGACUGGCGUUCAUGAAAGGUGCACCGGAGAGAGUGGCCAGCUUUUGCCAACCUGACACAGUACCAACUAGUUUUAUUAGUGAACUUCAGAUUUACACAACACAGGGUUUCCGAGUCAUAGCUCUGGCCUACAAGAAGCUGGAAAUGGACUGCCCCACAACUGCCUUGAUGAGGGAGAAGGUGGAAUCAGACCUGGUAUUUCUGGGAUUGCUGAUCCUGGAGAAUCGAUUGAAGGAAGAGACCAAGCCUGUGUUAGAAGAGCUCAUCUCUGCCCGGAUACGGACUGUCAUGAUCACAGGUGACAAUCUUCAGACUGCAAUAACAGUGGCUAGGAAGUCUGGGAUGGUUUCCGAAGGCCAGAAAGUCAUUCUUGUUGAGGCAAAUGAAGCCACUGGCUCUUCAUCGGCAUCUAUCUCUUGGAAAUUAGUGGAAGAGAAGAAACCUGGUCCAUUUGGGAGUCAGGACACCUAUAUCAACAUUAGAGAGGAAGUCCCAGAAAAUGGCAGAGACGGAAGCUACCAUUUUGCCCUGAGUGGAAAAUCCUUUCAUGUUAUAAGCCAAUAUUUCAGCAGCUUAUUGCCAAAGAUACUGAUCAAUGGGACCAUCUUUGCAAGAAUGUCUCCUGGGCAAAAGUCAAGCCUGGUGGAAGAAUUCCAGAAACUGGACUACUUUGUAGGUAUGUGUGGAGAUGGUGCCAAUGACUGUGGGGCCCUGAAGAUGGCUCAUGUCGGUAUCUCUUUAUCAGAGCAGGAGGCAUCGGUGGCCUCUCCUUUCACUUCCAAGACUCCAAACAUCGAAUGCGUGCCACAUCUCAUCAAGGAAGGCCGCGCUGCUCUCGUUACAUCCUUUUGCAUGUUUAAGUACAUGGCCCUCUACAGCAUGAUUCAGUAUGUUGGUGUUCUGCUGCUCUACUGGAAGACAAACAGCCUUUCAAAUUACCAGUUUCUAUUCCAGGAUCUGGCCAUCACGACUCUUAUUGGUGUAACAAUGAAUCUGAAUGGUGCCAACCCCAAGCUCGUGCCUUUCAGACCCGCAGGGCGGCUGAUCUCACCACCUCUUCUGCUCUCGGUUGUCCUCAACAUCCUGCUCAGUUUGGCCAUGCACAUCGUGGGCUUCAUCCUGGUGCAGAAGCAGCCUUGGUAUAUCAUGGACUAUCACAGUGUCUGCCCUGUGAGGAAUGAGAGCGCCUCAGCCUUAGCUGCAUCUCCCAGCGUUCCUGAGAAAACCAGAAGUAACAGCACCUUUGCGAGUUUUGAGAAUACGACAAUAUGGUUUUUGGGAACAAUCAACUGUAUCUUUGUGGCUCUUGUAUUCUCUAAAGGAAAGCCAUUUAGGCAGCCCACCUAUACAAACUAUAUAUUUGUCCUUGUGCUGAUCUUACAGAUGGGCGUAUGUCUUUUCAUUCUAUUUGCGGAUAUCCCAGAGAUGCAUAGGCGUUUGGACCUGCUCUGCACUCCUGUCCUGUGGAGAGUCUACAUUCUCAUCAUGAUCAGCUCCAACUUUGUUGUGUCCCUUGCUGUGGAGAAGGCCAUUAUUGAAAACCGAGCUCUGUGGAUAGCAGUCAAAAGAUGUUUUGGUUAUCAAUCAAAAAGUCAGUAUCGGAUAUGGCAGAGGAACUUGGCAAAUGAUUCAAGCUGGCCCCCACUGAACCAAACCUCCUACUCUGACAUGCAGGGGGUGUCCUACAGCAACCCGGUGUUUGAGAGCAAUGAGGAGCAACUUUGAAGGAAAGCGAUACCUAAACAGUUAUCAAAAUGAAGCUAAAAAGAACCCAUUUCAGAGAUGUUAAAGCAAUUUGACUCAACACUAUCAGUUGGAGUUGGGGACUAUACUCCCAACUCCCAGGACAAGUUAAAUUUGCUCAGGUGGAGUCUAUGGAGAACAAUGUCCCCAGAAGAUGGCAUUCCUCCUAGCUUCUGGUGCAUUGGUGACACCUAUUGAACCAAGAAUGGAGCAAGUGUUGCAAUGGGCCAAAGGGUUGGCAGAUAUCAGAAGGAAAACAUAUCUUCUUAGAAUAAGUCUUUCUCAAAAAUAAAAUAAAAUAAAAUAAAAUAAAAUAAAAUAAAAUAAAA